AUGCCAGAAGAAACAGAAACACAAUACAGCGAUCCAGCAGUGAACAGGGUGCCCAAUUACGAAGCGUCCGACCAUGCAUUUGUGUUAAGCCAAGAGAGGUUGGCUCAUUUGCACGAGGAGAGUCGUGAGAAGUUGCUUGAAAUUGUUAGAGAGGAGGAGAUGGCGCCAUACUACAAGCAUUUGAGUGGCGAGUUGCCAUCUAGCGUUUUCGAAUGGGACCAGUCGUUUUACGAUGGGUUAGUGGCGAGAAAUGAGGAAGAGAUUGCCAAGUUAAAGGCUCAUUUGGAGGAGAUCGAGGAGAAAGACGAGGGGGAAUUGGAGAAGGCGCAAUCGUGGAUCAACUUGGGAGAAUAUUACGCCAAGAUUGGUGACCGUGAAAACGCAGAGGAGACUUUGACGAAGGCAUUGGACAAGGCGGUAUCUACCGGGGCCAAGAUCGAUAUCAUGUUGACCAUAACGAGACUAGGGUUCUUCUAUAACGACCAGCACUAUGUGAAACAGAAAUUGGAAGCUGUAAACUCGCUUAUCGAGAAAGGUGGCGAUUGGGAGAGAAGGAACAGGUACAAAACGUAUAAGGGGAUCCAUUCGUUGGCGAUCAGAGACUUCAAGACGGCCGCUUCGCUUCUAGUGGACUCUCUUGCCACAUUCACAUCGACUGAACUUACCUCCUACGAGAACAUUGCCACAUAUGCGUUUGUUACCGGGUUGUUUGCAUUCGAAAGAACCGACUUGAAAGACAAAAUCAUCGACUCCCCAGAAUUGUUGGCCCUAAUGACCACCACGCCAGCUCUACAGUCGAUAUCGUCCCUCUCGAUAUCGCUAUACACCUCAGAGUACAAGAGCUACUUCCCAUACCUAUUGGAGACCUACGACAAGGUGCUUCUCCCUUCGAAAUACUUGAACCAGCACGCCGACUAUUUUGUAAGAGAAAUGAGGAGGAAAGUGUACGCCCAACUAUUGGAAUCCUACAAGACACUUUCAAUGAAGUCCAUGGCCGGAGCUUUCGGUGUCUCCGAAGACUUUUUGGACAAGGACUUGUGCAAGUUUAUUCCAACAAAACAGCUUAACUGUGUCAUCGACCGUGUCAACGGCAUCGUCGAGACAAACAGACCAGAUAACAAAAAUGCCCAGUACCAGCUUUUGGUCAAACAAGGGGACGGUUUACUCACAAAAUUACAAAAGUACGGUGCUGCAGUGAAGCUCACUGGUACCGAUCGUAUAAUAUAA